AUGCUUCCGCACGGGGAUGAAGAUUCUGAAUUUGAUGUUGUUGAUUGUGUCCGCCGAAUGGGAAUGGAGCUACCGGUGAACUGGGCUGGAAAUGCCGUGCUAUAUAGCGAUAUCAGAAGCGGAAAUUCGAGGAAGAAGCAGGGUAAGGAUUGCUUUACUAUUUUUUCACUAUUUUUCAAGUUUUUAUUCCUUUAAUAUUAUUUUUAGUAAUUGCUUCCGUGUUAGAAGAUUACCGCAAAGCAAUCGAACCAAAUUUACCCUCUCAUCCGAUCAGUACAUUAUUGCUGCCACCGCUACUGUUCUUCGUUCUACACAAUUCUGGAUGUUAUCAAUGA